CAGAUCGUAUGACAUUCUCGGCCUGCACCCAUCGAGCAGCCUCAAUGAUCUGCAGAACCGCUAUCGGUCGCUGGCGAGGAGAACCGCAGAGAGAGCCGCACUGCACUGACCCACCGUGUCGACCGUCAGCAUCGUUUGUGCGCUGUCUGCAGGAGGGACCGUACCGGCACACAGAUAAGGGCGGCAGCAAGGAGGCCUUCCAACACCUGCAGGAGGCCUACGAGGGCUUCACCAAGUACUGUACCUCCAGACAAACCCGCACCCGGUACGCACCACAACAUCACGUUAGGACAGCAAGGCAGAGAGUGGCCCUCAUUCUUUGACGCUUUCGUUUCCUCAGCAUUUCCUCAGGCACCGCUGUACUUCGACCCGGCGGACCUCAACAGCAAGCGCUUCCUCUUCACCGCCGCGGAGUGGGAUGAGAUACAGCGCGACGUAAGCAGCCACCCGCUGACCAAGCCACACGCACCGUGCCAUGCAAGCUGCCCCCCUGUGUGUGCGUGUGUGUUGGAUACAUACGUGCAGCUCGCCGAGUGCCGGGAGAGGUACCGCGUCGCCGCCGAGCACAACCGUCGGUGCGAGGAGGCCUUGAGAAGGGAGAGGGAGGAGAGGGAGAGGGCCGCACGCGAGAGCGACCACGAGACCGCCACCCAGAGCCGUCAUGGGCAGCCCUCCCCACCACCACGCCACCAUCAGCCCUGCCCCCCCCCAAGGACGUCCCCCUGCCGCCCUUCUUAUCGUCCCCGUCGGUGGCGUCGCCGGACUCGGCCGCAUCGGCAGAGAAGCAGGACACACACAGUCACACAGCGACGCACGAACGUCAGCAGCGCACACAUGGCGACACGUGGCGACUUUGAUUCUUCAUUGUGUUGUUUUCCAAUCGUUGUGUGCAGACGGAUGUCGCACGCAGUGAGUAAAGAUUGUUGGGGCUUGAUAAGGGUAGGGUGUGUGCGGGUGCGGCUGCUCGUGUGCUCUCACGUCAUCCUCCCGGCCAGGGGAGGAAUAUGUGUAUUGGUAGCACAUUGAACACUUUUUGCCUUCCUG